AUGGAAACUAUGCUAAGCUCCAAAAUGACAAGGGAUUUUGAAACUUAUGACGCGCUUCAAAGUGGAAAACUCUCCAGGAUGUACCAAACCACAUUUUACUCCGCGUUUAAUAAACAGCACAGACGUAGUAAGCUUUCCAUACAGUUGCUUGUCACGUCUUUCUUUUGUCUGGCAAUGAUGUUAUACUCGUACUUUUCAAAUGACAUGGUAUCGUGUACGAUUAAUCUUGGGGAGUAUCCCGAAAAGAUUAAUACCAUUGAAAUUGACAAGAGAAAAUGCCCAAUAGAACUUACUCAGAGAAAUAUUUAUGUUUAUUAUAAAAUUGAUGGAUAUCCGCUGCAUGCAUAUGCAGGGUACAAGCUACACAAUAAGACGCAGUUCAAAGGAAUCGUGGAUGAGAAUGCCAGAGCAUGCUUCCCAUAUGAUUUUCUCAAGGGAACAGGUACAAAGAAGCUCUUGUUCCCGUGCGGUGCACAUCCGGUAAAUGUAUACAACGACAAAUUUGGCUUUUACUCCGAAAGUAUGUUUCACGACAAUAAAAAGAUACUAAUUGAUCAAAGAUUUGAAACUUUAGCUAAAUAUCAGGACUACCAAGAUAUAAAGGAUCCUCCAAAGGGGUCAUUCGAUGGUAAAGCUGAUAUCCAUAACUGGUUAAGAGCUACAUCCGUAGAAUCUUUAAAGUUUUCCUCUGGUGUAAAAACCCUCAGUGGACGGGAGGAUAAGCCGAAAAUGACUCAUUUACUAUCAUCCAUAUCCUCGGGAGACGGAAUGGAAAAUGGACAUUUUGUACAGUGGAUGACACCUCCACCGUUUGAAAAUUUUAUGAAGCUAUACGGAAUUGUCAGUGGGCCCACAAAAUUCCCCUUUUAUAUCAAAUUUGAAAAUUAUUUUAAAAUCAAUGAAUUUGGAGGUAAUAAAUAUCUUGUACUCAUUGGCUCAAAUAGUCGAUUCUUCUCAACGUCGUUCUUAACAUCGGUCUACUUGGCAUUUACCAUAAUAACUUUUGUUCUAGGUUCACUACUUUUGACAAAACGGGGCGCUCGGAUGAACUGUGGAUGA